AUGAGAAAUCACACAACAGUGACAAGCUUUAUUCUUCUUGGACUGACAGAUGAUCCACAGUUACAGGUGGUCAUUUUCCUUCUUCUUUUUUUCACCUACAUGUUGAGUGUUGCUGGGAACCUCACCAUCAUCACCCUCACCUUACUUGAUUUGCAUCUCAAGACGCCCAUGUAUUUCUUUCUCCGAAAUUUCUUGUUUUUAGAAAUCUCCUUCACAACUGUCUGCAUUCCAAAAUUUCUUAUUAGCAUGGCAACAGGUGAUAAGACCAUAUCUUACAACAACUGUGUAGCACAGCUGUUCUUUACCAUUCUCCUGGGGGCAACAGAAUUUUUCCUUUUGGCCGCCAUGUCCUAUGACCGCUACGUGGCCAUUUGCAAACCCCUGCAUUACACCACUAUCAUGAGCAGCAGGGUCUGCAAUUUGCUGGUCUUUGUUUCAUGGUUGGCUGGUUUCCUAAUAAUUUUCCCAUCAUUGCUUGUGGGCCUCCAGCUUGAUUUCUGUGCAGCCAACACUGUCGAUCAUUUCUUCUGUGACGUUUCUCCCAUAUUGCAGCUUUCUUGCACAGACACGGAUUUAAUAGAAUUAAUGAUGCUUCUCUCAGCCAUUUUGACACUCCUGGUUACACUGGUGUUAGUGACUCUCUCUUACACAAACAUCAUUAGGACUAUUCUGAAAAUACCUUCUUCUCAACAGAGGAAGAAGGCCUUUUCUACAUGUUCUUCUCACAUGGUGGUUGUCUCUAUUUCUUACGGCAGCUGCAUCUUCAUGUAUGUGAAACCCUCUGCGAAGGAAAGGGUGUCUUUAAAUAAAGGGAUAGCUCUGCUCAGUACUUCUGUUGCCCCCAUGUUGAAUCCCUUCAUUUAUACACUGAGAAACAAACAAGUAAAAGAUGCUUUUAAACACAUGACCAAAAGGAUAGAGAUUUUUCAAGGAAGGGAAUAA